UCAAUGACGUUCUUGUCAAAACUUUGAGAAAAUAAAGAAAAAACUUAAAUUAGAAUGCAUUUUAAAUACGUAAUUCGUUUCACAAAGUGUUAAUUAAAACUAAUUCGUGAUGGUAGAUUCUAAAUGUAUUGUUAAUUUCGCCUGCCAGAGGUGUUUGCAGCCCAUAAAAUUGGACGAGACUUUCAAUGUUUUGGGGGAGCACACUUUAGCUGAAUUAUCACUGCCCAUAAACGUAAACCCCGAAGUAGACUUAGAAUCCCAAGCAGCCAGUUUAGAUCACUAUGUGCCCCCUUUUCGAUUACAUGAUUCCGGCAAUGGUGCAAACGGCUUCAUGCUCAUCUCCGAUGCAGGAGAAACAGAAACUUUAGGACAUUUUUUAAAGGUUAGAGCUGAAUUAUUCGAUACUUUAUCAGAAAACUCAAAUAUAGAUCACCCUCUAUGUGACGAGUGCACGGAUUCAUUACUAGAACUUAUGGACCAAGAGUUAAAAAUAACAGAGACGGAAUGUAAUGAAUAUAACGAGUAUUUAAAAAAGUUAGAGUCUGCCCAGGAUGAUCCGAAUAUAGAAGCUUUAGAAAAAGAGCUGGCAGAUUUAAAGAAUGAAGAAUCCAGGUUACUUUCGGAAAUGGAGGCUUUGAAAUUGGAAGAGAUGCAACAGUUGCAGGAAAUUGCUGAGAAGGAAAAAGAAAAAGAACGGCUGGAGCAAGAGGAGAAUCAUUAUUGGCGAGAGUAUACUAAACAUAGGCAUGAGCUUAUGACGACAGAAGAUGAAUAUAAAAGUAUAGACUGCCAACUAGCAUACGCCCAAAGCCGUUUAGACAAAUUAAAAAAAACGAAUGUUUUCAACGCGACAUUUCACAUUUGGCAUUCGGGACACUUUGGGACCAUAAACAAAUUUCGGUUGGGACGAUUGCCAUCGGAACCUGUCGACUGGUCUGAAAUCAAUGCUGCCUGGGGUCAAACCGCUUUACUACUGACAUCUCUCGCUAGGAAAAUGAACCUGACAUUUCAGCGAUACAAAAUUGUUCCUUAUGGGAAUCAUUCUUACGUAGAGGUUUUGGCUGAUCACAAAGAGUUGCCCUUGUAUGGUUCAGGAGGCUUUAGGUUUUUGUGGGACACCAAAUUUGAUGCAGCUAUGGUUGCAUUUUUGGAUUGUUUGCAACAAUUUAAAGAAGAAGUCGAGAAGGGCGAUUCUGCUUUUUGUUUACCCUACAGGAUGGAUAGGGGCAAAAUUGAGGAUUCUGCGACAGGGAAUACAUAUUCAAUUAGGAUACAAUUAAAUUCAGAAGAACAAUGGACAAAAGCUUUAAAAUUUAUGUUAACAAAUUUAAAAUGGGGCCUAGCCUGGGUGUCCUCACAAUUAACAGAAGAAACCGAAGAUGUAUAAUUUAAUUUUUAUAUAUACAAAAAG